AUGGCGAGUAGUUUUAAUAUGCCAGAUUCUCAUUCAAAUCAUACCGAAUGGAUGCGAAAUCUACCAGAAUAUCUUCAUAAUGUACCCGUUACGAAACUUGCUUUGCCUGGAACACAUGACUCAUUUGCAUUUCGUCUUACAUCUCAACCAGGUCCAGAUCUCGCACCUGUUCUACGUCGUCUUCGUAUAUUUAUUCAUCCGAUUAUCAAAAAUUGGAGUGUCACACAAGAUAAAAGCUUCACGGAACAAUUACGCAUAGGUAUUCGCUACUUUGACUUACGUGUCUGUUGUACACGAGAUAAACAUGCAUAUUCCCGAUCACCAUUUCAGUUCACACAUGGUUUGUUAGGUGAUUUCGUUCGAGAGAGUUUAGAAGAAAUCAAUGAAUUCUUGAAUAAACACUCGAAAGAAAUCGUCUUACUGGAUUUCAAUCAUUUCUACGAUUUCAACGACCAAUGUGGUCAUGAUCAGUUGAUACAUCUAAUUCAUGCAGUUUUCGGGAAGAAACUUUGUACAACAGCGCCAACAAUUCGUGAUUGUACGUUGAAUUAUCUCUGGAAUCAUAAACAGCAAGUGAUUCUCUUGUACGAACAAGAUCCGGGCCAAUGUUCAGGCUAUAUGAAUUGUAUUGGGCAUUUUUUCAAAGUUUGUCAAUCGCCAUGGGCAAAUACGGCGCGCGUGGAUGAUUUGUUUUUGUUCCUUGAUGACAAAAUAACUACAUCUCGACCAACAACGUGUAUUAAUGUGGUUCAAGGGCAAUUGACACCGGAUAAUGCAUCCAUUCAACGUAAUCCGUUCGGUUCACUUCGUGCAUAUGCGAGAGAGUCGAAUCCAAGAUUAAUAGAAUGGUUAUCGUAUCGACAGCGUGAUCCAUCACUAGUCAAUGGCGUCAAUGUGGUUAUAUGUGAUUUUGCUGAUCAAGCAUUUGCCAAUGCAGUUAUUAUGUUGAAUUAUAAAGUGUCUCGUUGA